AUGGGACUGGAUGAAGAGUUUGAAGCUGCAGUUGAGGCCGUCCAUGACAUCGAUUUCUCUAUUCCCAAAUUAGCAACUGUUCAUGUCUUUGAGACAACAAUCCGACACCUUGGAGGUUUAAUCAGUGCAUAUGACCUCACCAAAGGGAGAUAUCCUAUUCUCUUGAAGAAAGCCCAGCAGCUGGGUGAAACUUUGUAUAGGGCGUUUGAUACCCCAAACCGGAUGCCACAGAUGCGAUGGCAAUGGAUCAGGAGCAUGUUUGAGUCUUCAACAUACCCCAGUGCGAAUACUCUCCUGGCCGAGAUAGGCUCAUUGAGCCUAGAGUUCACCCGCCUUUCGCAGAUUACCAAUGAUCCCAAAUAUUUCGACGCCAUUCAGCGAAUUACAGAUAAUCUACAGAAAUCUCAGAAUCAGACGAGAUUGCCGGGUAUGUGGCCGCUUUCAUUUGAUGCCCAUACACUACAGUUCUCAGACAACUACUUCACGGUAGGGGGCAUGGCCGACUCUACCUACGAAUAUCUUGUCAAAGAGUAUCUACUCCUCGGGGCACAAUCCGAUCAAUAUCGUGAUAUGUAUAUCUCUGCAAUAACAGGGAUCAAGAAACAUUUGCUCUUCCAUGGCAUGAAUAAAGACAAGGACGACGUUCUGUUCGCUGGAAACAUCCGAUUCGAUCCAGAGUCCGGUCGAGAAACAUUUGAAUAUCAAACCGAGCAUCUGAAGUGCUUCCUCGGAGGCAUGAUAGCACUUGGCUCCCGGGCAUUAUCUCGCCCAGACGACUUGCCUAUUGCGCAAAAAUUGGUGAAUGGGUGUAUUUGGACAUACAAUCUCAUGCCUACCGGAAUUAUGCCUGAGACUUUGUUCAUCAGUGGCUGCAGAACUUCAGAUGAUUGUGAAUGGGAUGAAGGAAAGUGGUUCCGUGAUAUUGUUGGAUGGCCAGAUGAAGAACAGAUGCCAACCACUAUACGUGAGGCUACAAGACUGAUUAUUCAACAGCAUGAUCUACAGCCGCCAAUACUGGAAGUCGCCACUCCAGCAUAUCGUCUCAGGCCUGAAGCAAUAGAGUCUAUGUUUAUCAUGUACAGAAUUACCGGUGAGAGGUCACUACAAGACGCAGCAUGGCGAAUGUUCCAAAACAUUGAGCAGCAUACUAAAGUCAAACACGGAUAUGCUGCGCUUAAUGAUACCCGGGACAUACGGACGGCCAGGCUGGAUGUCAUGGAAAGUUUCUGGCUUGCUGAGACAUUGAAAUACUUUUAUCUCAUUUUCUCGGAUCCAAAGUUCAUCAGUCUGGAUGAGUAUGUCUUGUAA